CCACCACCGCUGAGGAAGUGUCGAGUGCUUUAAGUUCUUUUGACGUCAAUGGUUAACAUCUUUUACUUUCAGUUCCAGAACGUUUCAAUGGUGACUCGCAUAAGUGCUCAACCAUUGCAGAAGACAAUAUAGUCGGGCGUAUUGGUCAAUUCACUUGAAAUACCGGGCGAUAGGUGUGCUGAAUAGAAAUAUGAAUAGGCAGGUUAAGUGGUACAGUGAUCUGGAGUUCUGUUAGAGGUAUAAAUGCGGUUGUCACUCCCCGGUUGCCCACAUCGUGGAAGGGCUCUUCUAGAGGUACCUGAAAAGGAAAUUGGAUUAGAGGUAGUCUUAGUGACCUGAGAGCGUGACCGCAGUGUCCAAAGAACAAAUGCUCAAGACCGGUUACACACGAUCUUUUUGUGUUAGCUCCGUACUUGUUGGGACCUUACCGCUGGAGAUGGAUAUCCGUUGGAUAAGGCGAGAAAAGCUCAGCUGUUUUAUCAAAGUAGUCGUUGCGUUGGUUGACAAUGACGUUUCACACAGGGCGUCUGUUGGUCGGUCGUGAAAAGGAGCAACAGUUUUUGUUUUCGUUAAUGUGUAAAGUACGUAUGAGCUUUGAUUGGAUGUCGAAGAUAAUUACAGAAAAACCCUUUAUCCACAUGCUUUGUUAUCACAGGCCCUCCGGGUUGUGGCAAAUCAGUUUUAGUGUCCUCAACAUUCGAACUUCUGGAAGAGUCUUGUGGAAUGCUAUGGGUGUUAAUUAGCUGCCUAGAAAGCUUUGUGGGGACCCAAGGGACAUGUGGAGCUACUUCAUCAAGAUAUUUUCUUGAAUUGAUUUUACAGUCGAUUAAGUGUCGUUAUCUGCCCGAAGCUGAUUUAUGUAUUAGUUGUGAAGAUACCUCCAGUUUCAUAGAUAACUUAUGUCAAAUUUUGCUAGCUAUUGGGGCUAGAAAUACUCAUGACCAAACUUGUGUGGGGUUAAUUUUCGAACAGGCUGAGAGACUGUGCGAUGGAGAAUCACUAGUCCUCCCCUUAAUCAUCGGUCUUGGAGCUUCUGUAAAUGAAAAGCUAAAUCAAUUAGGCAGUCUUCACACACCACUGUUGUUCACUGUCCUGGUAACUAGGUUGCCAUGGGAGAAGUUUAAUUUCGGGACAUUCAGUUUUGAACCUUAUGUUAUCUCUGUUGAAAGUUAUUCUCGUGACCAGUUGGCAAGAUUACUUACAUCUUUGUUACCGUCUAAUGCAUCUGAAUCUCGUUUCAACAGGUUUGUUGACUUACUAUUAACAGUUUGCUUCCCUGUUUGUCGUAACGCUGGUGAACUCAUUCAUUUAAUGAAUAUAAACUGGAAUGCUUUUGAUGAACCUGUAAAUAAAGGCUUGGUUGCCGCGGACGAUGAAUGGGGUCAGUGGAAGUUGGCUCAACCAUAUCUCAAAAAGUCUUUGUCUACUCUGUAUUUGCGUCAUUAUGGGGAUUCAAAUUUAGAUUCUCUGUCUACGAAAAACGCUGGGAGACAAAAUUUUUUGGAAUUACCUUAUUUGACUAGAUUUUUACUUAUUGCUGCAUUUUUGGCUUCACAUAAUCCCCGCUCAUCGGACAAAAAGCUCCUGACAAAGAACUCCGGACGUUUAAGUAUCCGUAAAAAGAAACAGGAAAAGGAAGUAUGCAAGACACAAGCAGAGUUUACUGGCCCUCGAAUCUUCACCCUAGAUCGCUUGUUGGCAAUAUUCUAUGUCCUAGUACAAAAUGAAUUUGCAAAAGUACCAUGCACAAGUAUUUUAAUGAGUCAGAUUGCCUGUUUAACAGCCUGUGGUCUUUUAUCGCCAAGUUCACAGGCUUUGUCUGUUGGGAAUUCAUCUACUACUGGAUUGAGUACAACAAAUAGUUCGGUUAACGCUAUAUCUGAUUUAGACCCUUUGGCUAACCCUAAAUAUCGUUGCUUGAUAAGUUUAGAAAUUGCUAAAAGUAUAGCACAGUCGGUUGACUUUGAUUUGUUAUCUCAUCUUACAGAGAAUUAUAACUCGUGAAAAAUAUACAUUUACUGAUUUAUUUAUUUUUGUAUCGAGAUUCUUUGUAUUUUUGUGUUUGUAUAUAUUAUUCUCAUAGUUUACAGAUAAUUUGACGUAUGUUCUAUAAAUUACUUAAC